AUGCAAAAAUUUUUCUGCUUUCACAAUAAGGCUAAAUCAAAGCCGAAGGCCAAAGAUGCUGAGGCCAACUCUGAUUCCACCACGGCUACUCUCGUCGCUUCAGCGCUCAUAUCAGAUUUAGAGAAACAAAAUCAUCCCGAAAUAUCGUCAAAGCGUUACAUCGAUGAUGCCGAGUCGAAAAAUGGCGCUACCGUGGUCUCAUCAUCACUAAUACCCGAUUUAGAAAAGCUGAAUCUUCCAGAAGAACGUCUGAAACGGUACAUCGAUGAAGUGGAAGCAAAGGAAUCACAUUCCGACUCCGAUCUAGAAUUAAGAAAUAAAGCUGCUGCGUUGCGAGAGAAUGCCAUCUCCAAGACACUCAACAAAAUAAAGCGCUCGAUGGAAGUUGAUCUUUGUUUUGUUUUAGACUGCACGAGCUCCAUGUAUGGUCACAUUGCUGCUGCUAAAGAUUGCAUCUUGCAGGUAGUAAACUACGUAAAGAGUACAAAUCCUAGUAUCAAAAUCUGUGUUGGCUUUUGCGGUUAUCGUGAUCACUGUGAUGGACGCAAACGUCUGCAAAUUCUUGAUUUUACCAGCUCCUACGAGAAAUUUAGAGCCUACUUGUCUCACGUACCAGCAACAGGGGGCGGUGACACACCAGAAGAUGUCCUCGGCGGUCUUAAUGCAGCUAUAACUAAACUGAGCUGGCGACAUGGGACUCGCAUUCUUCUUCACAUCGGUGAUUGUCCACCGCACGGUCGGCGCUAUCAUGCUGUGGAUGAUACCUACCCAGAUGGCGACCCGCAUGGCUUGACAGCGGAAAGCGUACUCACGGAGAUGCAAAUAGAAAAUAUUCUUUAUUUCUUCGGAAAGGUUACAGACCAGACAGACACAAUGAUUGAAGUCUUCCGUAGCAUAAUUGGUGAAUUUCCGGUAUUUGAUCUGGUGGGUGGAGAUCCGAUCACAUUAAUCGACAGACUUUAUAAAGCCGCUUGUUCAGCCAUUACCAGUUCUGUCACACUUACUAGUACGAUAGGAAGCGAUAUCAAAAAUGUAUACUCAAUGCGGAAGAAAAGACUCGAGAUGAAUCCGAAUGAACCAGAUUGGAAUGAAUCAGUGUCACAUACAGGGGUGGUGCUGUGGUACCGUACUCCCAAAACGGUGGGCGAGCUUAAACAUCACGGAUAUUUCAACAAGUCAAACCUCUUUUCUCGAAAUUUCUCUUUCAAGAUGUCUGCAGAGCCAUUUUCAGCUGGUGCCGAGAGAUAUGCAUACUUUGGUAUGGACACGAAAAGUGAACCAAACCGAAAAGUCGUGAUAAAAGAAUAUCUUAGCCUUAAACAACAUACAAAUCUCAUUGAAAAAUAUCUUGAAGCAGUGGAAGUCUCUACGGUCGCGCAUUAUCUUUCCGUCAAAUUCAAUUUAGCCAUAAAGCGAAUGGACGUUAAAAAAGUAAAUUUUCUUGAAGUAAAGCUGUUGCGUAGUACUAUCGACUUUAAGACUCAGUACUAUGCAGUAGAGCCGAGGCUUCAAGAUGCAGAAUUUAAGAGAUUCAAUGUGAACAGUGGUGUGAUUGUGGAACUUCGUCCUUCUCUCGAAGCAUUUGCCCAUUUCACGUACGAGUACACCAACAAAUAUUUGGUAGUUUAUGAUCUUCAAGGAGUAGAGCUGUCCGAUGAGUUUUUCUUAACGGAUCCUGCAAUACAUUGUGUUGAUCCAUUAAGAUUCGGAAAAACAAAUCUUGGUGUAAAGGGAAUUACCAAUUGCUUUCUUGCAAAUCAUAAAUGUAAUGACAUUUGUAAAAAGUUGGGCUUAAGCCGCUGA